GGCUUUUCAAAGCUAAUUGAUUGAUCCUGAACUUACAGCUGAGGAAUCGGAAGGCUCUGAACCCGCAGACCUGAACUGCAUUCGAUCCCAACGGAUCCUGCUGAUCAAGGAGAAGAAGCAAGUCCUCCACAACAACGUAGAGUGCGAGCGAUCAUUAAAGUCUAGCAAAUCGUUUUUGAUACAAUUAGUCUGGGUGUAUUGGUCCCAGUAAGGCAGCAACGAAAUACCUUUGUAAUAUUGGACAUGCCGUGCACCUUCAUCGAGCUUGUGGAGAGACUAUAGGGCGUUUCAUAUUAAGGGACUGAGCAACAAACGAUGACAUCGUCGGAUAAGUUGGACGUCGUCAUUAUUGGCGGCAGUGUAGGAGGUCUGGCUUGCGCUCAUGCACUCCUCAAGACCAAGUCGUGCAAGGUCACCGUCUUCGAGAGAGCCAAGGCUAUCAGCGCAGCAGGCGCGGGACUGGGCCUUGGGGACGAAGCUCUGGAAGUCCUACGAAGCUUUGGCCUGAGCAAAGAGCUUGAGGCAGUCACCCAGCCGAUGCCCAUAGAGACCAACAGGGCAGUGGCGCCAGAUGGCCAUGUCCGGCAGCUCUACCACGACAGGGCCUACAACCAUUGCAGGCAAGCAUAUAUUCCCGCCUUGCAUGCUAUCCUGCACUGGAGCGAAUUGCACAGGGCGCUGCUGUCAGCCUUGCCACAGGACAUCAUCCUUUGGGGCACCGCAGUGACAAACGUGGAGCAAGAGAGCGGGUCCAAGUAUGUGGUACAGGCUGAGGCGAAGCAGACAGGUUCAGGUUCGGACUCAAAUUCAGAUGGCGUCCAGCGCAUCAACGUGGAGUGCGACCUGGUGAUCGCUGCCGACGGGUCGAUGUCCGACACAAGACGGCGCUUCAGGCCGGACGAAUCCAGGAGGUACUCAGGCUAUUGCGCAUGGCGGGGAGUCGUGACAGACAAGGAGGCGCCCAGCGCUGCCCGUGCAGUGCGCGAGGCUUACCCGGAGCUGGGCAGGGCACUCUACUUUGACCUUGCUCAGGACUCCCACGCAGUGCUCUAUGAGCUGCCAGGACAGCGCCUCAACUGGCUCUGGUACAUCAAUCAGCCGGAGCCGAACCUCACCGGCCACUCUGUGACCGUGAAAGCGGAUGAUCAGAAGAUUGAGGACAUGCAUGAGCGAGCGGCGGCAACCUUCACGCCAGAACUUGCUGCACUGAUGCAGGCGACUGAGGCGCCAUUCAUAAAUGCCAUCUAUGAUCGGGAGCCACUCAAGCAAUGGGUGUUUGGAUCCAUUGUGCUUGUUGGGGAGGCUGCGCACCCAACCACCCCUCACGCCCUCAGGAGCACCAACAUGGCAAUCUGUGAUGCAGGUGCCUUGGGACGCUGCCUGGCAGAGCACCCCAAGGAUCUUCACACAGCGCUUGACAAAUUCCAGCAGCAGAGGAUUGCAUGCACUGCAAGAGAAGUGCUGUUCUCCCGCCAUCUGGGCCGCCUGAAGCAGUCUCUGGACAGCGCGCAUGACUGGUUUGCUGCCGAUGAGGACCUGUGCCAGAGCUUGGGCCAAGCCAACAUGGCCGAUUUCUCAAUCUGAACAGCAGGUGUCCUUUGCAAGAAGCCUUCAAGGCUAUCGUAUUUCAUAGGAACUUUAUAACCGUAUCAAGUUCUAGUGUUAGAUCUGUACAGCUGACAGGUACACAAGCUGCGAUCAAUCUCAUGUGUUUCAGACAGCCUCUGUACCGUGAUUUCCACAAUUACCUCAUUUAACCACCGGCACUCUUGGACAGCACUCUGUAGAAAAGGAAAGCCCCGAUUGUACUUUGGAGGAACGGAAGCCAAAGAAUACUUAUUGUGUAUUGAGUGUCAUCGCCUGAGCAAUUGUACUGCAAAUUAUUCCCUCUGGUGCUCUCCAGGCUGUGCACCAUGCAUGCAGCUCCAUACAACAGCUGGAGAUGUCUGCUUUGACUUGAUUGCAAUGUGUUGCUGUGCC